ACAGUCUUCUCACAUGACUCGAUCUCCCAGGGUGCCGCGCGCUCAACUUCUCCAACACAGCCGGGUUGCUCUCCUCUAAAGAAACUGAAAUGCGUGCAGGUCGCUGGAGGAGAGUCUCGGUAUAUCGCGAUAAUUGAUCGGUUCAUUCCUUCACAGCAGUCAAAGGUCCUUUUCGGUUUUUUAAUGUCAACAGCUUACACGUUUCCGCCGAACUUCUGUGUGUGUGAGACAGCAGGUACGCGAAUGACACUCAAGGUUCAAAUGUCUCCCUGUUGGAAAUGUAGUACACUACCUAGGGCGUGAGCGGUAUUCUUUCCCAGCCGGUGUAACAGAGUUGUGGAGGAAAGCUUUUUGACUUCCUUCCUUCCUUCUGUACAGUUUCUUUUUGUUCUCUUGGACAUUUUUGUGUUUGUAAAGUGGAAGUUUCGCGGAAGCUCUCGAGCGGCAGCACCGGUAGAAGCGGCAGUGGUGGAGGUGGUGGAGGGAGAUGAUGUGAAAUCUACACGUCAGGACUCGGCUUACCCGAGAAGGUCUUCACCUGGUCACUCGAUCACAGUCACCUUCCCCGACUUGAACACUCUUCAUCUAAGCAUGGAUCAUCGGCAUAUAUUCAGCACCCUGGAGACCGUGUGUGAGGAAUCCAUCUCUGCCAUCUCUAUGCAUUCAGGUCUGCUACAGAAUGAUGCCACCAGUCAACUGCUGGAAACAAUGAGACGCAUUCAUGAACACGGGCAAGCUGUCAACGCUCUGGUCAGUGGCUUUGCCGCUGUUUACCACCAUUUCGAUUUUAACACAGAGACCCCUGCAAAUGGCUACCGCACUUUGGUCAAGGUGGUUCUGUCCUGCGUUCUGCACAUCAUCCAGAAAGGCCGCUACAUCACCUCCAGCUGUGGGGGGAUGUUUUUUCGUGCGGAGCACAACGCUGGGGAGAUGAAGGCGUACUGUAUGGCGCUCUGUCAGCUGCGUGCACUGCUUUACCUGGCACAGCGUUUACUCAACAACAACGAACACGGGCAGCUCCACUCGCUGGAAGACGAAGGUCUGAGCAAGAGGUUCAUCAACGAGUACACAUCUAUGCACAAGGCCUGUUUUUACGGCCGAUGCCUCGGCUUUCAGUUCUCUCCUUCUCUCAGGCCUUUCCUACAGACAGUGGUCAUCAGUAUGGUGUCAUUCGGAGAGAACUACAACAAACAGCAGACUAGAUUAGGCAGAGCGGCGCUCUCUUUCAUUACUUCCGGGAAGUACGUGGUGGAUCCCGAGCUGAGGGGGGCGGAGUUCGAACGCAUCACUCAGAACCUGGAUAUGCAUUUCUGGAAAAACUUUUGGAACAUCACUGAGACGGAGCUGAUAUCAAGUUUAGCGAGCAUCAGGGCACACAGUGUGCAGGUGAAUUACACCCUAACGCUUCCAGGUGAGCCGCUGAGUUUACCUUUAGCCGCAGACCCGAGUCUCUCCGUCACCGUGUCGCCUCCUAUUGCCCACUGGGGUCCGGGACCCGUUCACGUACGCCUCAUCUCUCACAUGCUCCGCCAGGGACAGGAUAGUCCUGAGUUGUUGUCGUUCUCUCGGUCUGAGGGAUCUCAGCUUUCACUUCCUGCAAGCUUGAGGCCUCAGAGUGGCCCUCUCUCUCCGUGGCUCCUCAUCCACUUUCAUGGAGGCGGAUUUGUAGCCCAGACUUCUAAAUCCCAUGAAAGUUACCUAAAAAGCUGGUCGAAGGAUCUGAACGUCCCCAUUCUCUCUGUGGAUUACUCACUGGCUCCUGAAGCCCCAUUUCCUCGGGCUCUAGAGGAAUGCUUUUAUGCUUACUGCUGGGCGCUGAAGAACUGUCAAUUACUGGGCUCGACCGCAGAGUGUGUGUGUCUAGCAGGAGACAGUGCUGGUGGGAAUCUGUGCAUCACUGUCUCAAUGAAGGCCAUGUCUCACGGAGUACGAAUCCCUGAUGGCAUCAUGGCUGCCUACCCUGCGACACUCCUGACGACUGACGCCUCUCCGUCACGGUUUCUCACGCUCAUCGACCCUGUGCUACCUCUCAGUGUGCUUUAUAAGUGUGUCAAUGCAUACACUGGUGUGGACGGUGUGGCGGUGCAGCCCAGACAGCAGCUGGACAGUCUGAGCGCUCUGGGAAGGGACACUGCGCUUCUUCUUGAGAACAUCACACAAGGAGCUUCAAGCUGGCUGCAGUCGCUGCUUGACCGCACGCCUUCGUCUCCCACUAGAUCGUCCGGUGGUCAUCAGAAUGUGUCUCGGUCUGUGGACGUUCUGCAAGGCUCCAGGGAAUUCCCAGAAGGCUUUGAACCACUGCGCUCUGGGUGUCUGGCAGAGAUUCAUACUCCCUGCACUCCUAUUAUGAAGAACCCAUUUGUAUCUCCUCUACUUGCACCUGACAGCCUUCUCAGAGGACUGCCUCCAGUACAUCUAGUGGCUUCAGAGUUGGAUGCUCUGCUGGACGAUUCUGUGAUGUUUGCCAAAAAGCUGAAGCGCAUCGACCAACCGGUGACCUUAACCGUAGUGGAGGACAUCCCACAUGGCUUCCUCAGCCUAUCACAACUCUGCAAAGAGACUAAGGAUGCAUCGGACAUUUGCGUAGCACGAAUCAGGGAGGUCUUCGAGCAAAACACACCACAAUAAAUCUCUCAUUCUCACACGUCAUAUAGUCCUAUUAGAAGGUUGAUGAGGAAAAAAACGUAAGUAAUUGAGGGGGUAAACGGAAACGUACCUCAGAGCGGCACAAUUUAAUGUUGUAACUUGAAGUACCGAGGUUUGGAACCUCAGCACUGUGAAAGUACUUCAGUAGAGAGACUGUGUUUACUGUGCGGACGUCAGAACAUAUGUUCUAUGGCUAUUUAUUACUAAGUGUUCUACAAAUUCACGACACGUGCCUUCGGUCAUUUCAAGCAUUUCACAGACACUUUACUGGACACUCUUCUGCUGCACCAGUGUAGUGUAUAUAAUUAGCUUAUUUUCAAGCUUGAAAUGUCAUUAACAACAGCAUGCAUUUAAACCGAUCCUGAUGAUUUAUAAUGAGCGAGAAUUUUCUGCCAUUGGCGGUCAUUCACAUCCUGAAAAAAUAAUAGUAAGAGGUCACGUCUCUCCUGUGGCCGUGUGAGCUGCAGUAUUCACACACGGUUUGGAACUGUAAAAAAUUUUACUUGGGUUCUCAAGUAUCAGAUGAAUAUGAUCGAUAUGAACAGAUUGAUUCGUAAAUCUUACAUGCGAACGUUUACACAAGAAAUGUGGUCUUUAUAAAAAGCCCUUUAAUCCGGAAAAACCUUCAUAGCUUACUUGUGCUCCUAAGGGUGGGUAAACUAAUACAUGUAACUAAUCUGACUUCGUAUUUAUCGAAUUCAGAUCAGAUCACUUGCUUGGAUUAUUGCACUUUUUUACAGCUUUUAGCUCACGCUCUCAUCCAGAGUGACUUGCUUUGGCGUCUCGAUCAAAAACACAUCCCUUUAUGCUAGUACACUAGGGUCAAGGUUUAUUGUCAUAUUGUACUACAUACAUUGUGUGGCUAUAUAUGGUCCAGUCCUCCCAGCAGCUUAUGACACAUGUUUCAGGACAAUUACUAUUACUACUACUAAUUACUAUUACUACUAAUUGAUAUUAGUGCAAAUACAAGAAAUAAAAUGAUGUGUGUGUAUAUAAACUAUACAGUAAACAUGCAAGUCCUGCAGAGGACUGGCUCAGUGUUGUAAGAGAUAUGAAAAUUUAAAGAAAGCGAGACAACACACCCAUAAAUGAAGUCAAAUUAAACUAGUAAUUAAAUUAGGAGUAAAGAAACGGUGCCGCAUAAACGGAGGGCGUGAACAGACACUUCAGCUUAGUGCUUCUUUGUGAUUAUUCACCUUGAUUUCUUGCUCCAAGUUUUGUGGGCGUGGCAAAUGCAAAUGAGCGGUGUCAAACACGCACAAGAAAGAAGAAAUCAGGUAUUCUUAACCUUUAGUUUGGUUUAUGCAAAUAUUUACGCACAAAUUUACUAAAAGAUAAAUUAUAACUGAGGUCCAGUUUUUGUUAAAUAGCAUUUUGCUAAUGUUUCCUGUUCAGAGGUUAAUGUAACCUGUGUGAUGAUAUCUGAACCCGGUGUCCUGAUUUUAACGACACUGAUGAAUAAUUGCAGUGUGUAAAUCUGAUAUUAACAUUUUUUCCUGAUAAAUAAUCUCUCUGUGGAUUUUUCUUUUUACUUUUCUGCAUUCUAAAUGUAUUGAAAGCAAACUCAGAAGGUGCUUUUGCUUGAUGGUUUGUUCCACAUACAUUUUCACAAAUGUUUAUAUAUCUGACAUUAUUAAAAAGCUUCCAUUUAAUUGUUUUACAUUUGCAAUAAACUCCGCAAUAACUGACGAGGUUAGGGCACAGCCGCUUUGGUAUGGCCUUCAUAACGAAUGCAGUGUAUUUUAAUUCCACUUUAUAGAAUCAGAACAGUCAAUUCUUUCUAACCAGCUGUCAGUAAUAAACUUCUUCUUCUUUGUAUUUAUUUAUAUUUCAUCGGAUUUUUAAGAAUUAAUGACAACUUUACUUUUUUAAGUGUUUUCAGAAAAUGUUCCUCACAACUUCUGUGAUGUCUUGCGUCUAAUAAAUAGUUUUUUUGGA